AUGGACAGCGAAUGGUUUCGAGGACAAAUCGUCUUCCUCACAGGGGCAACUGGGAAUCUUGGCGGCUGUCUCUUAUACAAGCUAGCCAUUCAACUUCCAACCGCCAAAAUAUUCGUCCUGAUUCGAGGUUCUGUCCAAAAGGCGAUCGAAUCAUGGGAGCAAUCGAUGCCAGAGCAAGUGGAGGAUAUUAUCGCCACUUGCAAGAUUCAAUUCUUCCUCGGUGACAUGACCCAUCCUAACCUCGGUCUCUCACCCGACAACCUAUCACGGCUACAAAAUGAGACCACUGUGGUUAUCAAUGCUGCUGGCGACAUUGCUUUAUCUCGAGACCUUCCAGAGACUAUACCAGUCAAUUGCACCGGUCAUCUGACACUGGCUUCUCUACUAGACAGUUUCACACAGCUGAAGCGCUUCCUACACAUAUCAACUACGUAUGCCUCCAGCUUUCUCCCUGACGGCGCUGUCAAGGAGCAAAUCUACCCCCUAUACAAAGACCCAGUAGAGGAACUAGGGAAGAUCCUCGUCACAAGAAAAUCCCCCUAUACAGAACAAUUCGCGGCUCCCUAUGCAUUGGCCAAACAUCUGGCGGAAUGUUUGCUUUUGGGUGGUAACCACAAAUUCCCUAUCCUCAUUGUGCGACCCUGCCUCAUAUCACCAGCUAUUGCUGAGCCUUACCCACUCUACGGCAGCGAUGGUGCCAUACCGGUACACUCCUUCCUCCAGAUACUCCUAGGAGACUCGGAGUAUGGGCCUUUGAAGCUCGAGCCGAACCUCCCUUCACAUGCAGCCUGCAAUGAGAUUCCAGUUGAUCUCGUGGCGAGGAUCUGUCUGGCUCAUGUUGCCCAAGGAACGACGGGUGUGGUCCACGCCGGCGCCGACCUGUAUAUCUCCCGGUCAAUUGGAGAAUUGCUAAUGCGGUUGCGCCUCUAUGCGCCUGAGGGAUCAGAGGAUCAGGUACGAAAGGCUGGGAUUGACCACGGAGAUGUUACGGCUCCUGAGUUUUACACCAUGAUCCAACAGUUCGCACGGGACUGGAAGAUCGAAUGUACACGGUCUUCUCACCUGAAGCAGGUGGCGGGUCCGUUAGGACUAGAUCUUGGCGAUCAUGACCCAGAGAUAUUCCUCAAGCUUCGUAUCGAGCGGCUGGCUAAGACUCUGCUGGAAAAGCUGGAAAGUGCUAGUGUGGCAAGGAACAAAAUCUAUCCGAUUAUCUCUUGA